CCAGCAUCAAACAAUCAACUACAACAACCGUACCAAGCUGAAGCAGCACAGCACACACGUUUCCUUCCAGCUGAGGUUAAAGUAGCCAGGCCAGCCCAGGCAGAAAGAGAGUGAUGGCUUCCGGUCAGCAGGAGAGGUCGCAGCUGGACCGCAAGGCCCGCGAGGGUGAGACCGUCGUCCCCGGCGGCACCGGUGGGAAGAGCCUCGAGGCGCAGCAGAACCUCGCCGAAGGGCGCAGCCGUGGCGGGCAGACUCGCAGGGAGCAGAUGGGGGAGGAGGGGUACAGCGAGAUGGGGCGCAAGGGCGGGCUGAGCACCAACGAUGAGUCCGGCGGCGAGCGCGCCGCCAGGGAGGGCAUCGACAUCGACGAGUCCAAGUUCAAGACCAAGUCCUAGAUGUCGCCUAGCAAGCAAGACGACUGCUUAAUUAGGUUGGGGUGGGGUGUCAGUUAACCUUGCCGGAUGAAUAAUGUAGGUCAGGAGUCCUGACGUAAGCACGCAUGUAGGCGAUCAUACGUAGUAUGAUCAUGUGUGCUCGUAGCUGGUAGUCCGUAGGCUCUGAUGGUCAGUCGCGUAGGGUAAUCAGUCAGGUGUCCGUGUCGGUCGGGAGGUGUGGUGGUGGGCUGGUCGGCAGCUCGUCCCAAACCAGUUUACACUGUAUCCUUGUAUUUUCACUUCUUCAGUAAUGCAGUCGUCUUGUGUGUCCUUGUUGCUGAAA